AUGAAGAAGAAGGUACUCAACUUCUUUUCACUCUCCAAUCCGGUUGCAUUCCGCCUUAAAAUUGCACAUAAAAUUCAGAAGAUCAAUGCAUCCUUGGUGGAUCUCAAGAGCGAGGCUCCUGUCAUUGGACUAGUUUCCAGGCAAAUAGAUGCAGCCCCUCAAGGAAUGAGGACGCAUGCAAACCGACUCAUUUCUUGA